UUUCUACAAUCACAAGAUGGCCGCCGCGGUCGCCUCUGUCCCUCUUCUGCUCCUCUAGUGUUUUAUAAUGAACCCGAACCUGCUGCUGCUUCACACAAACUGAACUGUUCUGUUAUAAAUGCGAUUAUGUUCAUUUUUACAUUCUCUUUUUCGUCCUAACGGGGAUUUUUACGCGUAAGUUUUUCUUUCCUGACAUAAAACAUCAGCUCAAACGGCGCGGUUAAAGUGAAGAUGACGGUGGAAGAGUUUGUGCAUAAAACUCUGGAGCUGCUUCAGGAGGAGAGAGAAGCGGAGAUACAAGAGACCAGGUUGUGGCAGGAGAGUGUGUCGCUGAAGCAGCUGCAGAGUACAGGUGUGUGUUUGCUGAAGCUUCAGGUCGUGUCUCAGGUCACGGGUCUUUACGGACGAACGGUGCUUCAGUUUGAGCCCAGGAAACGUCUCGGAGUCUCGGUUCUGCCCAGCAACAACUUCAGCCCCGGAGACAUUGUGGGGCUGUACGACGGCGGCGGCGGCGGCGGAGGCUGCGGCGGCGCGUCCUCUCGGGUGGCCUCUGGGAUCGUGACUCGAGUGGCUCAGGCGUCGCUCAGCGUGGCGUUUGACGAUGACCUCAGCGUGGACACAGAUUCUCUCUACAACCUCCUGAAACUCGCCAACGACGUCACCUACAAACGGAUGAAGACCGCCUUAAACUCGCUGAACGGAAACAGUCACGGACCCGCGGCCGCGCUCGUCGCCGUUCUGUUCGGAGACGCUCGACCUUCAACCCUGAGACGCACGAGCGAUGAAAUAAAGUUCUUGAACCCAAACCUGGACGAGUCUCAGAGAGACGCCGUGUCCUUCGCUCUGUCCCAGAAGGAACUGGCCAUAAUCCACGGGCCCCCGGGAACCGGAAAGACGACCACAGUGACCGAGGUCGUCCUGCAGCUCGUCCAACAGGGACUCAAGGUCUUGUGUUGUGCGUCGUCGAACGUGGCGGUGGAUAACCUGGUGGAGCGGUUGGUGCGCUGGAGGGCGAGGGUUGUGCGUCUGGGGCACCCGGCUCGUUUACUCGAGUCCAUCCAGAGUCACAGUCUGGACGCCAUUUUGGCGAAAAGUGACAACGCCGACAUCAUCACCGACAUCCGCCGCGACAUGGACCGAGCCAUCAUGAGUUUGAAGAAACACAGAGGAGAACGUUCAGAUUUGAGGAGAGAACUCGGAGAACUGAGGAAAGAGCUGAGGACGAGAGAAGCAGCCGCCAUUUCACAAAUCCUCAAGAACGCCGACGUCGUCCUGUCCACAAACAUCGGUGCGUGCGGUGAGGGGCCCCUGAGGCAGUUGGCCCCUGAUCACUUUGACUGUGUGGUGAUAGACGAGUGCGCUCAGGCUCUGGAGGGCAGCUGCUGGAUUCCCCUCCUCCUCGCCCCCCGCUGUGUGCUGGCAGGAGACUACAAACAACUGCCCCCCACCAUCAAAUCACCCAGCGCCGCCUCUGGAGGUCUGGCUCUGAGUCUGAUGGAGCGUCUGAUCCGUCUCCACGGCGACGCUGUGGUCCGGAUGUUGACGGUCCAGUACAGGAUGAACAGCGCCAUCAUGGACUGGGCAUCGAAGGAGAUGUACGAGGGCAGACUGAGGGCACACGGCUCUGUGGAAGAACACCUGCUCAAAGAUCUUCCUGGAGUGGCAGACGUGGAGGAGACCGGACUUCCUCUGCUCCUCAUCGACACGGCCGGAUGUGGACUGAACGAGACCGACGACCCGGACGAACUGUCCAAAGGAAACUCAGGUGAAGUGGACAUCGUGGAGCUUCACAUUAAGACUCUGACCGACGCCGGGGUCAAAGACAAAGACAUCGCCGUCAUCGCUCCGUACAACCUACAGGUGGAUCUUCUGAGGCAGAGACUUUCCUCUCGACAUCCACAUCUGGAGAUCAAGUCUGUUGACGGAUUUCAAGGUCGAGAGAAAGAGGCCGUGGUUCUGUCUUUAGUUCGCUCCAAUCGUAAAGGUGAAGUUGGGUUUUUAGCCGAGAACCGGAGGCUGAACGUGGCCGUGACUCGCGCCAGACGCCACAUCACCGUCGUGUGCGACUCUCAGACCGUCCAGAACGACCCCUUCCUCAAGUCUCUGCUGGAGCACAUGACGCAGCGAGGAGAAGUCCGCACGGCCUUCGAGUACCUGCACGACAUCGUCCCUCAGAACUACACCCGCCAAGGCAAAGACGCCAAAGCAAACGCCGCCGCAAAGACCUCCUCCUCCUCCCAACAGAAAACCAAACACGCUCCAUCCAACAAAACGAGACCAGACAGAGCAGAUCCGCACAAGAAAGAGGAAAGUUCAAGCAAAAAUCACAAACAGUUUACAAAGGAGGAGGACGAGAGCAGAGCGAGCGACAUAAGAAAACAGUUAGAGACAUUUAAGAACGACAAAAAUCAAACGGAGCUUCAGUUCCCUCCGUCGCUGAACUCCCACGAGCGCAUGCUGGUGCACAGGACGGCCGAGGAGAUGGGUCUGCAGCACGAGAGCAGAGGAGAGGGGAAAGAACGAUGCGUCUCUGUGUCGAAGGAGCUCGCCACAAAACACCAGACGAAGGAGGAGGAAGAGGAGAAGAGAGGAGAGACAGAAGAGGAGGAGCAGUUCGAUCUACCUCAGAAAGACAAAGAAAAUCAAACUGUCCCAGAUCCCGGUUCAAAGACGUCCGUCGAUCUAAAACGUCUUCACCUGGAGCGAAUGAAGCGAGAGCAACAAAAACGAGAGGAAAACGCGAAACACAAAAAACAGCAAAAUAAUGUUCAGCCGACGCAGCCGCAGCCCAAGAAAUCUGCAAAAGCUAAGAAACAAACUAAAUCAGGCGCGUGUGAAAUCGCCGCCGCCGCCUCCAGCGACUCGGACUUCGACGCUCUGAUCGACGCCGUGGUCAAAGCCGACGCCGUCUGCAGCUUCAUCAAGUGUAAAACAUCUGUGCUCACGCUGGGCCAGAUGUGUGUGUUCUGUAACAGACUGUACUGUCUGAGCCACCACGUCCCCGAGGUGCACGGCUGUGGGGAACGAGCCAAAGCUCACGCCCGGAUGAGGAUCAGCAGGGAGGGGGUUCUCUACGCCGGCAGUGGCAAAAAGGACUCAAGUCUGGACCCAAAUAAAAAGGCCCAUCUCCAGAGGAAACUGGACUCAAAGCUGAAGGACUUGGCCACACAGAGGAAGAGCAAGAGCAAAGACAAGGACUCGUGAUGGUCUGAUGAUCUGAAGAAACAUCUGCAGCUCUUUAAGUUUAAAUUAAAUUGUUUUACUUCUCUUCACUCGUUUGUCUCCAUGGAGAUGCUGCUUUGCCUGGAAUGUUCCACAGUGUCUGUCUCACUCCUCUCCACAGAUCUGACUCGUGACUUGGUCCGGUGGCUUCACCUGCAUGUUUCCAGGUUAAUGCCAAAUGGUGUAACAUUCCGGGUAAAGCAGUAACAUGGAGACGAGCGGGUGACGGACCCAGAACUUAAAAGUGACACAGUAUUUAUUCAAUUAAUUCAAUUUUAUUUAAAUAAAUGAAUGAAUAAAAAGUCA